AUGAGUUAAAGAUAAUUUGAAAUAACCCCUAUACCUAGUGAGAUCAAACCCUUUUCUAACUCUUAAAAAUGGUUAAAUGUAGGCUAAUUAUUAGAAGGAGCAAUGCUUGUAGGAUUAAUUGAGUAUCAUAUUAAAGUCAACUAAGUCUAGAUAGUAUAAUCAAUAGUAUUGGAGUCUAAUUAAAAUAAUUCUGCAAUGCAAAACAUAAAUAAUUUACUCAACAAUUCUAAAAAUAAACCUAAUAGAUUUUAAUUUUUUAUAGAAUAGGUUAAAAUAUAAGAUCCUUAUGGUAAGUGCUUUAAGGAUGCUAUUAAAUCUUACUUGAAAUAUAACUUUAAAACAAGUCCUUCAGAUUAGUAUCAAUUUUUAUGCGAUACUUUUAAAGUUAAUUUUGUCAUAUAUGAAUAACCUAAUCAACAAAAAUUAUAUGGUGCCUAGUAAAAUGGAGGAAGUAAUAAAAUUAUAUUCUACAAAAAAGAUGAUAAUUAUUAUCUAAUCUUAACAAAAAUUGAAAAAAUAUGUGCUUAAUGUAAAACCAAACUUUAUUUGAUCACUUUAGAAUGUUAACAUUUUAUAUGCUAUAAUUGUAUUAAGAAAUCAUUCGAACAAUCAAAAUAAUUAUAAUCAUUUCCAUGCAAUUAUACUGAUUGUAAAUAACAAAUAUCGAGAGAAUUUUAUUGUAGUCUCAAGAAAGAAUACGAAAAAAACAAUUGUAGUAGAUGUGAUUAAGUGAUAUCAUCAGAUAAUUAAUUAUGUUUGAAAUGUGAAGAAAAUAAUUAAAAAUAAGAAAAAUGUUCUUCAAAAAUAGAAAAUAGUCUUGUUUAAAAGUAUUCCAAGACUGAAUAGAAUGAAUAAUAAUAGGAUUAGAUUUAAUAGAAUUAAUUAGUUUAGUUGAAUGAAUAAGAUAAAUUAUAAGUCAUUACAAAAUCUAUAAAUUAAAAUAAUACUAAGAAUGUCUAAAUGGAAAUAGAAAAUAAAAGUUUAGAUGUUUAUUAACAAUGUAUAAAAUGUGAAAAAUAUUUGAUAUAAAAUUAACUUAUAAUAACUCCCUGUCAACAUUAUUAUUGCAAGGAAUGUGCUAUAAAUUUGUGUAAAUUUAGAAAUCGAUUUAUGUGUUAAAAAUGUGGAGAUUAUAUAGAAACUGAUCAUCUAAAACUAUCUAUAUAUGAAAAUAAUAAUAAUGAAGAUUAAAAAUGCUUCAAAUGUAAAUAAAUAUUUGAUGAAACUCUUUUAUUUGAAAAUUAAUGUCAUCAUUAUAUUUGUGCCUCUUGUCUGGAAUCUUUGGCUUCAAUUUAACAAUAUUUGAGAUGUCCUUAAUGUGGACGUGGCAUAAAUACUUAAGAGGCAAAUAGAUUCUUUGAUAAAAUAUUAAACUUAAAAAUUGAAUAAACAGAAUAAGAAUAAUAAAUAAUUAAGAGAGAGUUAAACAACGAAUUAAAUUAAUAAAUAAAUAUGAAACCAUAUCAAAAUAGUAAUAUUAAGAUUGAAAAGUAUCAUGAUGAAUAAGGUGAUAAAAAAGAAAACUCUUAAAUAAAAAUCAAAAGUGUAAGUACUUUAGAAUGCAGCAUAAUUCAGCUUGAUGAACCGUAGAAUUGUUCAUUUUGCCAUUCUCCAUUUACAGAAUAUAAUACUAUCCAAUAUUUGGCUUAUUGUUAAGAUUCAAGACAUUUUAUUGGAGUUUGUUGUAUAAUUUUUCCUUUAGAUUGCCCUUAAUGCUAAAUCAAAUCACUUAAAAUUGAAAAAGGUUUAAAUUAAUAUUAAUAUUAGAUAGCUUUAAAUUUCAGUUACCUUAAAAUAAUAAGAAUUAUACUAAUGGUUUUAAUUAAUAUAUUUGA